GCGGCGGAGGCGGAGGCGGAGGCGUUGCGACGCCGUUCUAGCCCGCUCUGCCCACCUCUCUUCGUCCCCACGACCGCAUCCCCGGGCGGCAGGCUUCCUGCUCAGGAAUUUUUGGUUGAUUUGAGAUGGACAGGGCUAGAAAUUUCAUACCUGACCCUAAUGAGGAGCUCCUGGAUAUCAAGCCAUUAAGGUCUUUAGCUCCAAUGUUCCCUGCACCAAUGGGAGUCAACAUUAUUCAGUCAAGCACACCGCCGUUGGUCUGCGUGACUCCGGUUGGCCAGUUUCCUACAGGAUUUGGUGCAGGGAACCUUCCUGCCUUUGGAUCAUUUGCCACCUUCAGUGCUACUGCAAAUGGUUUCUCGCAUGCAGGCACCAGUGCUAAUGGGCCCACUGAUGCUACCCCUAUCUCAGCCUACAAAACGAGAUCAUCUGGGGGUACAUCUGAGCACAAGGCUAAGAGGUCUUCCGGUUUGGCUGCAGAUGGCUCAAAUGGAGUUAAGGCCAAGCGUCUUAGGCCCAACUACAAGAAUCUUGUCGCUGGCAAGGAGAUUGCUUUUUUGCCAGCUUCAAAUAGUAAUCCUAGGGAUACUGUGGAAGCAGUUCAUAUGAUCUUCGAGGCACUCAGACGUAGACAUGUGCAGAUGGAUGAAACACAGGAUGGUAGAAAAUGUGCAAACAUGAAAGCUGGCACCAUCAUGAUCGCCAAUAAUAUCAGGGCCAAUGCAGGAAAGAAGGUUGGUCCUGUUCCUGGAGUUGAAAUAGGGGAUAUUUUCUAUUUCAGGAUGGAGCUAUGCAUCAUUGGUUUGCAUGCUCAAAGCAUGUGUGGCAUUGAUUACAUUGGAAAUGUCGAGGAUUCUGUAGCAAUAUGUAUUGUUGCAGCAGGUGGUUAUGAGAAUCAGGAUGAUGACACAGAGACGCUGGUGUACAGUGGUUCAGGGGGUAAUAGUAAGAAUACUGAGGAGAGGCAUGACCAGAAGCUUGAGAGGGGCAACCUUGCUCUUGAGAGGAGUGUGCACAGGAAGAAUGAGAUAAGAGUUGUGCGGGGAUUCAAAGAUCCAGCUUGUGUUUCUGGAAAAAUAUACAUAUAUGAUGGCCUCUAUAAGAUCCAAGAGUCCUGGAAGGAGAGAACAAAGUUUGGCAUCAAUUGCUUCAAGUACCGGUUGCAGCGUGAACCUGGACAGCCUGAUGGAGCUGCAAUAUGGAAGAUGACUCAACGAUGGAUACAAGAUCCAUCAACAAGAGGCACUGUUAUACUACCUGACCUAUCAUCUGGGGCUGAAAUAAUCCCAGUUUGUCUUGUCAAUGAGGUAGAUCAUGAGAAAGGACUUGGACAUUUCACCUAUACUAAUGAGGUCAAAUACUUGAGAUCCCUCACUUCUGUGAGGCCAUUGCUGGGUUGUCAGUGCGAGAGUGUUUGCCUACCUGGUGAUACCAGCUGUGCUUGUGGGCAACAUAAUGGAGGGGAUCUACCCUACAAUUCAUCAGGAGUGUUGGUGUUCCGCAAGCCAGUAAUAUAUGAAUGUGGUGAAGCUUGCCAUUGUACCCUGAAUUGUCGCAACAGAGUGACCCAAAAGGAGAACAGAUACCACUUUGAGGUCUUUAGGACCACAAAUCGAGGCUGGGGUCUUCGCUGCUGGGACCCUAUCCGUGCUGGUGCAUUUAUCUGUGAGUACACUGGGGAUGUCGUUGAUGGGCUCAAUAAUCUGGAUGAUUACAUUUUUCAGACUGCGUGUCCUGGUGACAAGACGCUAAAAUGGAAUUGUGGGAGUGAAUUGUUAGGUGAGGAAAGCACAUAUGUAUCAGCUGAUGAAUUUGAGCCACUGCCCAUCAAGAUAAGUGCAAAACGUAGGGGAAAUGUCUCACGUUUCAUGAACCACAGUUGCUCCCCGAAUGUCUUCUGGCAACCAGUGCAAUAUGACCAUGGCGAUGACAAGCACCCACAUAUCAUGUUCUUUGCACUUAAUCACAUCCCACCCAUGACAGAACUAACUUAUGACUAUGGUGUGGUUGGAGCUGAGCCCACUCGUAGGACCAGGAACUGCCUGUGUGGAUCAUCAAGCUGUCGCGGGGUAUUUUGAUCCAUUUGGGAGCAUGUACAUAGUGGUGGAUCAACAUGUAAAGAUGUGCUGCUGUUAUACUGUCGCAUUGGCUUCUAUCUAUGUUAACUGCGAAGAUGGUUAAUUAUCACCAGUUUGAACUAUGAAGACAGUAAAUUAUGUCCGGGCCUUAGAAUACCAUGUCGCUGCACUCGGGUUCUAUUGGAUGGUGGCUUUGUGCCCUCCAUUUCUUCAGAUAUGAUGCCUUUGUUGAUGUAUUGCUGCCUAUCUGUCUAUUUUUUGCAAUCCAUUUGCAACAUCCUGUGUAGGGUUAGCGUCAGUUUUAACUGGUCCCUGGCUGUUAGUUGUGACUUGUUAGACUCGGAGAUGUAAAACAUGCGUCUUAGUCUAGUCUUGCAAUGGGAUCAGUCUUGUUAGUUAAUUACAUUUGCUCUGUCGUUGGAUGUCGACCAUCGUGCAGGCAAAUUCUGUGGCAUACUUUGUCUAUUGUAUAGCACUCGUCCCACUGACGUGUGGAAUGAACCCAACUUGUAGUGAAUCUAUGGGGAAUUUGGCAAAUAUCAUAGGAACUUCUUAUA